CUUCAAACAUGUUAUCUCUUUUUGCAGUAAACUGAAGAAAUGGAUCCCAGUAAAGGCAGAGGCCGUGGCCUUUCGAUGAUGAUGGCACUGAAAAAGUGCCAGAACUUGGACUCUGGCUCAGAUGGGUCUCCGGACGCCACAGCUGGAGCAAGUGUUGUGAGUGCCACGACAAUUGCACCCUCCUCGGUCGGUGGGGGCGGCCGCGGGCAUCUUCUGUCCAUGCUCGCAAAAAGACAGCAGCCACCUGGACCGCCCACAUUUAGUCCAGCCUCUGAUGUAGCGCCGCCCGCAGCCACGCCGGGUCUCGCACCUAAAGCUUCCGGUACUGGCAGAGGAAAAAUGUUCCAGCAGUUGCAGGCGCGAAUGGCAGCUACGGCGCCGAAAGCGGCCGAUCAGAAAGGACACAGCCAGAGCGGUAACGACGUCAGCAGCUUGACGCAGAAGAUGGCCGCCAGCACGGUAUCAGGCAACUCCGCACAGCCCUCGUCCGUGGCUAGGAACAAACCCUUCGUAAGUAAAGUAGCCAAUCAGAUCGGCUACGACGUCGGCAGUUUGACGCAAAGAAUGGCCGCCAGCACGGUAUCAAACACCUCCGCACAGCCCUCGUCCGUGGCUAGGAACAAACCCUUCAGUGAAGUUAAAGAGACCCCUCCAGUGGUAAAUAUGGGCAAAUCCGGAGAUCCCUGUGAAGUCACUGCUAACUACAUCCGUCUCAACUUUGCGGAGAACAGUGUCUUCGAAUACGAAGUGACAUAUCACCCUGACCAAGACUACAGAGCGCUGAGGUUCAAGCUACUAAAUGAACACAGCCAAUAUUUCAAAACGAAGACCUUCGACGGCACCACGCUGUACGUGCCGCACAUGCUGCCCGAGGACGCAUUGAAUCUCGUGUCGACGAAUCCGUACGACCAGACGAAAGUCAAUAUAACGAUCAUAUUCCGACGCACACGCCGCCUCAGCGAGAUGGUGCAUCUGUACAAUGUGCUUUUCAAACAAAUUAUGAAAGAUCUAAACAUGGUGCGAUUCGGCCGCCAGCAUUUCAACGAACAUCUUGCUGUCCAAAUCCCACAGCACAAGCUGGAAGUUUGGCCCGGUUACGUGACGACGGUGAACGAGUUCGAAGGCGGUCUUAUGUUGUCCCUUGACUCGACCAGCAGAGUUCUCCGCACACAAUCGGUGCUGAGUUUCAUCAAAGAGACGGUCCAGGCCAAAGGUUCUAAUUGGAAGCAGGCGAUGACAGAGAUGCUCAUCGGCUGCUCCGUUAUGACGACUUAUAACAAAAAGCUGUUCAGGGUCGACAGCAUUGACGACACAAUGACGCCCAGAUCCACAUUUGAGAAGAAAGAAGGAGGGGAAAUGGUGACAAUAAGCUACAUUGAUUACUACAAGAAGAACUAUGGAAUCGAAAUAAUUGAUCUGGAUCAGCCCAUGCUAAUAUCUAGAGAAACGAAACGCAUGCCCGGCUCCGAAGUACCCACCGACUUCCUGAUCUGUCUCGUGCCCGAGCUGUGUCAACUCACGGGGCUGUCCGACGACCAGCGCUCCAACUUCCGGCUGAUGAAGGACGUGGCCACCUACACCCGUAUUGACCCCAACCAGCGGCAUGCUGCUUUUAAAAAGUACAUACAAAACGUGCUCGACAACGAAAGCGCCCGCAACCGCCUAAUGGGCUGGGGUCUCAGCAUACACCCCGACACCGUGAAGCUGACCGCCCGCACGCUGGCCCCGGAGACUUUGUAUUUCGGCAAGAACCGAUCCGUUGAAGGCAAACCCGAUGCUGACUGGAACAAUGAUGCCACCAGGAAUACAGUCAUGCAGGCGGUUGACAUCAUUGGAUGGGCGAUCCUUUUCACGAAGAGGGAUGAACAAGUUACACAGAGUUUCCUGAACACUCUUCGCCGCUGCUGCGGCCCCAUGGGCGUGAUGGUGCAGCAGCCGGAGAUGGUGAUGCUGCCCACCGACCGCACGGAGACCUACGUGCAGGCCCUCAAGAAAACCAUCAACUCCUCCAUCCAGCUCGUGGUGUGCAUGUGCCCCACGUCCCGCGACGACCGCUAUGCCGCCAUCAAGAGGAUCUGCUGCGCCGAGAACCCUGUACCCUCACAGGUUAUAAACGCUCGCACCGUCAUGAACGAAAAGAAAAUCAGGGCCGUCACGCAGAAAAUCCUGCUGCAAAUCAACUGCAAACUUGGCGGGACUCUGUGGAACAUUGCGAUACCGUUCAAGACUGCGAUGGUGGUCGGCAUCGACAAUUAUCACGACGUCGGGCGGAAGAAGCGUAGCGUGUGUGCUUUCGUGGCGUCGUAUAACCAGUCGAUGACCCACUGGUACUCGAAGGCGGUGUUCCAAGAGCGAGGGCAGGAAAUCGUCGACGCCCUCAGGUCGUGCUUAGUGGACGCGCUAAAACACUACCUGCGCGUCAACGGCCGCCUGCCCGACAGGGUCAUCAUGUACAGAGACGGCGUCGGCGACGGCCAGCUGAAAGUGGUCCAAGACUACGAGAUCCCUCAGAUGAAGAUCUGCUUCGACGUGCUGGGGGAGACGUACAAGCCGACGCUGACGUACAUAGUGGUGCAGAAGAGGAUAAACACCCGAAUCUUCGGCCGCGGACGUGAGGGACUCUCCAACCCUCGGCCAGGGACUGUGCUGGACCACACGAUCACCAGGAGGGACUGGUACGACUUCCUGAUCGUCUCCCAAAAGGUGAACCAAGGCACAGUGACACCGACGCACUACGUGGUAGUGCACGACGACAGCGGCCUGACGCCCGACCAGUGCCAGAAGAUCACGUACAAGAUGUGCCAUCUGUACUACAACUGGCCCGGCACCGUCCGCGUGCCCGCGCCCUGCCAGUACGCGCACAAGCUGGCGUACCUCGUCGGACAGAACAUACACGAGCAGCCGUCGGAGGCGCUGUCGGAUAGACUGUUCUUCCUAUAAAUGUUCACUUGAGGCCUUAAGGGCCACCGCACGCUAGCGUCGGGGUCUAGUCAGCAUUAUGGAAAAUGGCAUCGCUGCGCAGUUACGCCAACGUCGCGUCGCGCAGCAGCCGUAGAGUUGACUAGACGCCGACGCUCAGGAGUCAGGAGACGCUAGCGUGGGUGGUCCCAAAGCUUGUACGCACUUGCGGUUCCAACUGCGCGCAAUCCCAUACUGUGGCAUAGGUUGGCGGUUAAGUGCGUACGAACAUCCGCAGUUGCAUAGUAAAAACGAAGUUGCGGCCCGCUCCGCGUUGGUUGCAACAGCAAAUGCGGGAGAGCCCUUAGCAUAGUUGUUAAUUUUGUAAUAGAAAUAUCAAUAACAGAAAAUCGUAGUCAUGAGUGCCAAAUUGUUAGAGAGAGUAUAGGAAAAAUGUAGCUAGUAAGGGUGUUAAUCCACCUGUCCAAUUUAUUUGUCCAAUGUGUAUUUUGUCUCAUAUUUGGCUUAAUGUGAGAGUGAGACGCAAUGACAUUGGACAAAGAUAUUGGACAGAUGAAAUACCACCCUAAGCUAAGUAUAUAAUAACACAACUACCGAACAAUGUCGUGCUCUCAGAGCAUUUGGUAUUUCUACCUCUAACCGUAUCUUGAUAGAGCCCUAGAGGCCAUAAUUGUAUUAUUUAUACUUUUACCGUACACUGGCUGAUUUACAUCAAGAUUGAAGAAAUAUAACUCGAUCCCACGUGGAUCCCACUUUGACGUUGGCGAAAUCAUCGACAGUAUCGAUGGAGCCAUUCUACAUAAAGAUUGAUUGAAGUAUAUGUGGCUUUUCACCAAAGAAGGGUUCUUGUGCACAUGGAGCAUUAGGAGGCCUUCUCUGGUGGAAAGCCCCAUAUAGGUAUAGAAUGCCACAUAUGGGUAUGUAAUGGCCUAAGACCGAACUCCGCGUAGACCCGAUGCCCCGGAAAUUUUUAGAAUUACAUUGUAAAAACUACCCACAAAAUCCCAACAGCUAAAGAUUAUACGAGCCAAGCUAUAUAGCCCAUUAACAUAUUCACUGCCAGCGCGAGCUACGCGCUACUAGCUUGCUAACCAAUAACAUGGAAAUAUAGCAAAUAAAUGAUUAGACCUUUUAAUAAUUUUGAAACUUAAGACCUACGUAUAAAGUUCAAGUUGGCAAUUUUUCGAUCGAGAAAUCUCGAUGCAACCAAUUCUUUGCUAUUGAUAUUUGUAUUUUGUUAAGAAUUAGAUAUGAAAAUCAUUAUUUUUGUACGGAUUAGAAAUAAUUAAAGGCAAUUUUCCACUACAUUACUGUGUGAGAUUUGUUGACUGAGAUUUUUUGUUGAUUAUAACUUUGAAUAUUGAUUACGACAUAAAUCAUUUUUCCCCUCACUAGCUCGGAAAUCCGUCUUUUAUCCUUUAAAACAAGCGGGGAAAAACGCAUUUUAUCCACUAGUGGGGAAAGUAAUUUGACCUUGGAUGGAGCGUGUUUAAGUAGCUUGACAGAUAACAUGGUUCGUUCGAUAUUAAUUAUCAUUAAAUAAAUGGUUUGAGAAUCUAAUAAAAAAGACCAAAUUUUGCUUUAUUUAAUAAUUUUAAGUCAUAAAUAAACCUUAAAUUUCCAUAAGAAACGUUAGAUUUUUUAUUUAUGUAAAUAUAAUUCUGAACGCACAAGUUGAGUCGAUGCAAUUUUAAAACGCAUCGUUGACAUUUCAUGCGUCAGAACAGAAACGUCAACAUUGUCAACAAUUUUUUUACUUAAAAACACUUGUCACCGAAACUUUCCUGUAAUGUUCCUUUAAAAAAAAAAAAACCUGAUCCUGGCAGUUGGCUCAUUACUUUCUAUAGUUUCUAUUGGUUUUUAUGGCAGUCCAUUUUUUCUAUUUUUAUUCCUAUAGUAGUUUAGAUUCUUCAACCGAUCAAGCAUCUACACGGACUGGAUCAAGUUCUGAUACUGAAAUUCUGCUCCCACAACCUUGAUGCUGGCAAAAUUGUCCCAAUGGACAGAUGCCAUAAGAACCAAAAACUGAACUGAACUGAACUUGUCACCGACUCACGUAAAAAUCAGUUUUAAACUAAAUUUUUAAACUUUCAAUUCCACACUCGCGGGUAAAAUACAACUUUGCACCCUUGUAUAACAAAUAACUAUUAUUAGACGAUCUUUUAUUUUUAUGAUUAUAUAAACCAGUAAGGUUCUUUUUGUUAGCGUAGUUUUAACGAUAGAUGUUGAUCAAUAAAAUGUUAGGUUUCAAUUUAUAUGAAUACCAAGACCAGUAUGUUUUUUGUGUUGAUUUUCCUUGCAUUGUUUGUAGAAAAGCACAUUAUUUUUCGCUUAUUUUUCGGCGUUCUUUGCAGUAUUGUACUAUAAACAUAAAUGAGGCUGUUAUUGUUAUUAUUUAUAAGCGCUACUGACAAUUAGCUUCCUUUAUUUACGUAAUUAGCGAGUACGGGGCGGUCUUAAGGUUGUUCUUGAACAUAAUUUAUUAAAUGUAAUAUACGAAGGAAAACGGUAGUGGAAGAAGGAAAAUAUUGUGUUUCUACUUGAAAUAACAAAUUAAAAUAUUUUCAAAAAAAUGGUUUAAUUUGUUUCCUUAUAGUUCAAGGGGUUUAUAUAGCCGAGGAGUUCCAAGCGUCGACACGCUAGGACGGCCUACUGAACAAGGCAGGGCCCGUACAAGCUGGCUAACAUAGUUUCGUUUGUUAGUCUAUGAGGUAUAUGUAAUAUGAACCUUGUAACCCAUAUUACAUUUCAAAAACAACCAUAAACUAUUUUCUGACCGCCCUGGAAAGGCAUAUCAUUUCAGAUUGUUCUCAUCUUCCUAAUGGUAUUUGUAAAUACAAGUUAGCAUCGAAAAUUAAUAAGCAUAUUGCUGUAAAGGUGUAAUUUUCUAUGAAAUUCAUCUUUGGCAUAAUAUUUCAGAUUGUUCUCAUCUUGCUAACGGUAUUGCAAAUGCAAGUUUGCAGCCAAGAUUAAUUAUAUUAAAUACCGUUACAUGUAAAUGGUCCGUCAGGUGCUGUAUAACAGGCCAAUUCGUACGUACACUGUCUUCAGAAUGACACUUGAAUCAUGUUAUUUUUAGUUAACUGAAUGACGUCCGAAUUGGCCUAUAAGUUUAUUUCCCAUUAUCGUUGUAGAGACGGCCUUUUGCCUUAAACAAGCUUUGGAAAACCGUUGAGCAGCUUUAACCUUUUAAAAAAAACAUAACAAAAAUUUUAAUUGCGACCCUACAGUUUGUUUAGUUUAAAACGCAGCGCACAUCCACAAAGAUAUAACUUGUUCAUUGCGCAGAAUGCUCAGGUGGAAAUAAUUUAAGUACUACAUAUGUAAUUUCUGCAAUGUAUACCUCCGGAUUAGCUAGUCAUUGACAACUUCACUGCGUUUUGUUUUGUUCUACGUCAAACUCUGCAAUGCUAUAAUAUAUGUUACUUAAACAGAAAAUACUGUCGAAUGUUUUGAAACCGUUUCUUUAAUAUGUAAUUUCUGUGCAAAAUUGUGAUUGGGUUGGUUAUUGAGAUUUAGUUAGUAUUAUUUACAAUAAUUGUAAACCAUCGUGAGUGGUUUCAUAAUUGUAAACCAUCGUAAGUGGUUUCUCUUGUUUGUUUUGGCAUAUUUUACCUUAGAGAAUUCCUUUUGGCAUAAUCUAUAUUAUCAUAACGAACCUUGCGCAUAAUCUAUUAUGGCAUAGUUGUGUUUGCAUUUUUCAUUUUCAUUUCGAUAAUUUUUGGUUGUCCGAAUAUAGUUUGUGCAUCAAGGGGAUCCUCCGAAUCGUUUCUGACAGCAUUUCGUAUCUGUUGGGGUCGCAGUUCUAACCUAACCUAACCAAAUAUUCUUACAGCAUUUAGUAUCCGUGGAGGUCGCAGUUCUAUCACCUAAUCAACCUUCCUGACAUCAUUUAGCAUCUGUUGAGGUCGCAGUUCUAACCUAACCGACUUUCCUGACAUCAUUUGGUAUCUGUUGAGGCCGCAGUUCUAACCUAACCGAUUUUUGCUAUACUGACAUUUGUCUUAAAGCGAUUCUGCCAAGGAGAAAAUGUACCUUUGCCUAAAAAAGUUCGGAUUUUAAGAUGUCAUCAUCAUCAUCAUGUCAGCCGAUAGACGUCCACUACUGGACAUAGGCCUCCCCCAAGGCUCGCCACUCCGACCGAUCCUGUGCCGCUCGCAUCCACCGAAUUCCCGCGACCUUCACCAGGUCGUCGCUCCAUCUCGUUGGAGGCCUACCCAAAAAAAUCCAAAAAAGUGGGGCCUAAUCAAAUUAUGCGAAUUCAGUUUAUUCGUAAAGAUAAUCGGUAUGCAAACUUUUUUUCGGUCAAAGUAAUAUUCGUAAUUUUUUUAAUUAUAAUAAAUAAGGUUUCUGCUACAUUAACUGCGAAAAGCGCUUCGGACAAACAAAGGUAUGCCAAAUAGAGAAAACCCACUACAAGGACGGUAUUUUAAGUACAAAUCAAGGUGCUUUUUGUGUGUUCAAUUAUUGUAAUAUUAAUUAUUAGUAUAAGCCAAUGAUCCAUUGUAGCUUGCUUUAGACAAGUCAGAUCAAUUUCGAUUUCAUUUAUUUUCACAGUUAAUGUUAUUCAAAUAUGCCUAGGUACUUUUAGAUUACAUUCCAAUUUGUAUUGAUUUAUACAAAAAAACACCUCAAGUUAUAGAAUAAGCCAAAAUUUUGCCAUUUGAAUCUUAGAUAAUAACAAAAAUGUAAGUUAAUGUUCUUUUAUUAUGCGUAGGGCGAGUCGCAGUCGGACGGAAAUAAAAUUGGAUAUCGUUUUAUUAGGCUCCGACUUUUCAUCUAAUAGCCUAGACGUUUAUUCGUCCUUUUUGCUUGAUAGAUUUCAUCAACUAUCUAUAGUCCUCACAUCAGGUCAGUGCUGUGCUGUCUCUACGUUCAGCACGUCCGUUACGUCCGUUACCAUGUUCCCCUUCAAUUUCAUGAUUAACCUUGGUGGUAUAUCACCAAUUUAUAAGUAUUUUUAAUGUCACGAUACGAUAAAUUCUCCCUUGUCUUACCUCGAAAAGAAUCUCGUGCAGUACUUUAAUUUCACACUAGUUUAUGUAAAAAGUGGCACCUUUAUAUUGUAAGGGAUAUAUUAUGACAUGUUGAUUAUAGUUAUUUUAAAUCAGUGCCUAACAAAUUGCUAAAUGUGUAAAAGUGAUGAAAGCGAUUUCUGGUCAUAUGUAAAUAGUAGGUAAGUAAUAAGAAUAAUUCUAUUAAAAAUAUAGUCAUGAACAAUGUAAAGUAGUCCGCUUUGUACGAAACCUGAAUACCUACUUAGUGAAUAAGUUUCAUUGUUAUGGUAUUAUUUUAUUCUUGGUUACUUUGUUUUAUUGUCCGAAGAAUAGCUUUAUAGACGUUCGUUUCUGUUACAUACUGGACGCAACUCUUUAAUAAAUGUUAUAUUAAUUACAGA